UAGAGGUUACAGCUGAGUUUACGACUCACACAUACAAGAGCAAUGAACGGUCCGGUCGACUCGGAUUAUCUGACAUGGAUUAUGUGAUUUUUUCCCGAAUUUGAACACCUUUUCAGUCUCGGAAAUCAGAAUACGAACCAUUACAAUGUCACACACUGAGUUUGAGGUAGCUGGACGUGGCUUCCCAAGCCUUUCGGUCGAACUGAAAGAUGACUGCUUAUCUGGCCGGGUCCCGUCGAUGCCACUGAGGAACAACUUGGGUGCCAGGAGAAACUCUUAUGGACUUCACAAAAUUAACAUGGAUAUCGACCCACAACUCUAUGGUGGGACGCUUUCAAAGGCUGUUUCUGGGUCCGCGGAGAAUAUUUUAACUUUGACGGAGGCCAGAGUUGAGGAGGACGACAAAACGGAGACUCCGCCGGCGUCUCCAUCUCCGGUCUCCAUCCCGGGCGCGAGCAUCACCGGCAGCAAGUCCCCCUGUACCCAAGUCAAGGACCCGGUCACCCCUCUGGUGAACAAGUGGAGCUCGAUCCAGAGCCCAAACAGACAAGAUGCCAGCUCGGACUCAGACAAUGAGCUUGUUCAAAAUAAACCACACAACGUGUUGUCACGCAGUCCGUAUGAAAGCAAAUGGGAACAGGAGGAGAGGGAGGACAUUGAGACCAAAGCUGUGGCCACCUCACCUGAUGGAAGAUACCUGAAAUUCAACAUUGAGAUUGGGAGGGGUUCCUUUAAGACCGUUUAUAAAGGACUGGACACAGAGACUACUGUGGAAGUGGCAUGGUGCGAGCUGCAGACGCGUAAGCUGACCAAGUUAGAGCGGCAGAGGUUCAGCGAGGAGGUGGAGAUGCUGAAGGGUCUGCAGCACCCUAACAUCGUCCGCUUCUACGACUCCUGGAAGGACAACUCCAAGGGCCUCAAGUGCAUCCUGCUGGUCACCGAGCUCAUGACAUCAGGCACCCUCAAAACGUACCUGAAGAGGUUCAAGGAGAUGAAGCUGAAGCUGCUGCAGCGUUGGAGUCGGCAGAUCCUGAAGGGGCUCCACUUCCUCCAUACCCGCACCCCUCCCAUUAUCCACAGGGACCUCAAGUGUGACAACAUCUUCAUCACCGGCCCCACCGGCUCCGUCAAGAUAGGAGACCUGGGCCUGGCCACACUCAAAAGUGCCUCCUUUGCUAAAAGUGUCAUUGGUACCCCAGAGUUCAUGGCUCCAGAGAUGUACGAGGAGAAGUAUGAUGAAGCUGUGGAUGUCUAUGCCUUUGGGAUGUGUAUCCUGGAGAUGGCCACCUCAGAGUACCCCUACUCCGAGUGUCAGAACGCAGCCCAGAUCUACCGCAAAGUCACCAGUGGGAUGAAGCCAGACAGUUUCUACAAAGUCAAGGUCCCAGAGCUCAAAGAGAUCAUCGAAGGAUGUAUCCGGAUGGACAAAGAUGAAAGGUACACCAUCCAGGACCUGCUGGAGCACACAUUCUUCCAGGAGAACAACGGCGUCCAUGUUGAGUUGGCUGAGGAGGACAACACGGUGAAGUCAGGCCUGAAGCUGUGGCUCCGGAUGGACGACACUAAGAAACUCCAUGGGAAGUACAAGGACAACAACGCCAUUGAGUUCCUGUUCGAACUCUACAAGGACGUGCCAGAGGAGGUGGCGCAGGAGAUGGUAGUGCUGGGCUUCGUGUGCGAGGCCGACUUCAAGCUUGUGGCCAAGGCCAUUCGGGACCGCAUCAACAUCAUCAAGCGCCAGCGUGACAAACUGCGCCGCCUCGCAGAGAAGAAGAAGCAGGAAGAGGAGGAGCCCAAGCCUGCACUGCAGCCGCCAUCCCUAAAAUUCAACAGGUCUCCAUCAAAGCCCCAUCAGAGCGCGAUAAGCGUCCAUGCCCCCACCCCGGCCCAGAGCCAGGAUCACCCCUCCCCGAACCCGCUGACCCCCACCGUGUCCCCCGUCAACAGCUCUCUGGACUCGGGCAUCAACGCCAGCUUCAUCCAUGAACCUGAGGAACCAGAGGCAGACCAGCACCAGCACUUCCAGGUCCACCACACCAGCUGCUCCUCGGCCAACUCUGACUGCGAGACAGACGGCUAUCUCAGCUCCUCUGGCCUCCAGGAUCCCCUGGAGAUAGCUGUCAGCCUCAACUGGUCAACCCUGACCCAAAACACUGGGUCUGGGACUACCACCCUCAACAGACACCCUCAGCACCACUCCUACCCAGCCCUCCGCUUCCCCUCGAGUAUUGCAGUAUUGGGUAAUAUGGAGCAUGGCCAUUCUGGAGGACACUCUACCAGCGACUUCAACUCACCUGUGGACAGCUACGCCUCCGACGUGACCUCGGGUUUGAGUGAUGGCUACGAGGGCCUAUCAGAGAGGAGUGGCAACACUGCUGCCAGGCGCACGGCUGGCAAGCUGUUCCGGAGGAGAGCCCGUUCAAGACUGCGCAUCACUGGGCUCUCUGACAAAGACGACCGGGUGGUGGAGUGUCAGCUGCAAACUCACAAUGACAAGAUGGUUACCUUCAAAUUCGACCUGGAUGGAGACAACCCAGAGGACAUCGCAGCUGUCAUGGUACACAAUGAGUUCAUCCUGUCAUCGGAGAAGGAGGGUUUCAUCCACCGCAUGGGUGACAUCAUCAAGAGGGCGGAGACUCUGAUGAAGGAGCACAUGGUCCAUGUGGACGGCAGCCAUGGAGCGCCAUGCCCACAAUUCCACAACAGGGUCAACUCAUUGUAUGCAUCACAGCCUAAUCUUCACAGUCACAUUGUGGAGCGGACACACUCUGCCUCCUCUCUACCAGACUUCAGCAUGGCUGACCCCAGUGUAGGCGUGCAUGGUUCUCCCUUACGUCCCGCUGAUGGAGGAGACUUCUUCAGUCCAGCAGACGUGACUUUACCUGCAUGGAGACGUCUAUUAUGCUCACAGUCUUUCCACAACGCCCCAGGUUCUCCUCACUACCAGCAGCACCACCCAGCCUCCAUGUUCUCCCCAGAGCACCCCCAGCAGCAGCACCCCCACCCACAGCAGCACCACCCAGCCUCCAUGUUCUCCCCAGAGCACCUCCAUCCCCAUCCUAAGCAGCAGCACCCCCAUCCCAAGCAGCAGCACCCCCAUCCCAAGCAGCACUACCACAUGCCCCCCUUCAUGGGCCACACACACUUCCCUUUCCCUUAUCCAGUGAACCCCGGCUCCCCAAAACCAGCCCAUUCUCCCCUCACACGGGUUGCCAGCAACCCCAUGUUCCCCUCCGUUUACUCCCCAGCCUUCUCCGGGGGCCACCACUCUGAUGCCCCGAGCCCCUUAGAGUACAGCGGGGAGGGGAACCCUCUGUCUCCCUCUGCUCACCCCCAGCACUCCGACAUGUGGCCUUCCCACACACAGCCCCUCUUCUCCCUGGCCAAUGUGAUCUCCAUGGCGAUGAGCAUGGCCCACUCCUUCAUCCCUGCCAACAGCCUGGCCAACCAAGGGAUGCCCUCCAUAGCAGGCUUCCACCCCCAGCUAACCCACACGCAGUCUGGCUACCCAUCCAUCUACUCCCCCGACUACCAGACAGCUCCAGUGGAGGUCCCCCACCCUCAGGGUGGGAUGCCUGGUCAAGGAAAACAGCAUAGUGUCUACCAGGGAGCAGACACCCCACCACAGAUGCAGAGGGAUGGGUCUGGGUCUAUGUACUCUCAAAACAGACACCCCAGCUGGCAGCAUAACCACAUAUCUCCCUCUAUGAUGGGCUACAACACCCCUCCAAGGAACCCACAGGGGAUGUCACUGCAAACAGUGUCUUCCAAACGCCUAAGCCAUUUACAGAAUAGUUCCCAAGGAUCCUACAUGGUUCCUCAGGACCAGUCUGAUGUGUCCAGCUCUGCGUCGGGGUCUGACCUGUCCCCCUCGGCCCCAGACAGCCCGGAAAGCACAUUAUCGUCGUUCAGCUCAACCACACCAAUGUCCAGACCAAUGGUGCCUGAGAUGAAUGCCAGUGCUCCCAAGCCCAGAGUUUCUCCCAGUUACACAGAUCCUCCACCUGCUGUUGUCACAGUUGGCCGUUUUCAGGUCUCCCCUAGCAUGGAGAUCCCUGUGACUGCUGAACCAGGUGGACAGGGCUCUAACCCCGCCAGGCCCAUGUCAGUGGGCAGCACCACCACCUCCAAGAGCAGCACAGAGGAGCAGGAGCAGUGGGAGUCAGAGACCAGCCUGAACACCUCCCUCACUCCCCACCCCCCACACCUCACUAUGGGGGAGGCCCAGGAGGUCCAAGUAGAGUGGGCCGGGACCAAGGAGCAGCAGCAGGAAGAGGAGGAGGAAGAACAGGGUGAAGAAGAUGAGGAGGAGCAGAAGAAGGAAGAGGGGGAAGAAGAUGAGGAGGAAGAAGUUGAGGAGCAGGAGGAGGAGAAGGAAGAAGAUGAGGAGGAGCAGGAGGAAAAGGAAGAGCAGCAGACAGUGAGGAGGAGGAGGAGGAGGAAGAGAAUGUGCAGCCUCAGUCUGAUGGGUAUGUCUGCAGACAGCGGCCUGUCCGUUAUAGCGGUGGAAUCAGAGGGGCGUGGCCUGUGGGAUGGAGGGGCAGGGAGCCCCACCUACACCUCCGCUCUAAACCACAUGUGGCUGAGCUACAGCCGUAACUUCACAUACCUGAGCAGUGACGACUCAGAGAGUGAGGACAUGUGGGAGGAGCUACUGGAGAUGAGGGAGAAACACUUGGCAGAGGUGCAGAGUCUCCAGGCCACCCAGAAGAGGGAGAUUGAAGAGCUGUAUGAGAGGAUGGGGAAGGUUCCCCCUGCGGGGAUAGUCUGUCCUGCCGCCAUGCUGUCAAGUCGCCAGCGCCGCCUCUCUAAGGAAAGAAGUUAUCUCUCCUCCUCCCGCAGAAACAGUCUGCAGCGCCUGGACAUGCUCCCCCUCCAAGGUAUCAUUAGGAGGAACUCUCUGGGUGGCAGCAGCAGUAGCAGCUCUCUGGAGAAGCCCUCUAAAGGGGUGACUUUUGCAUCUGACAUCAGUAGAAUGUAAGAAUCUUGAGCCAUGCUUGCUGUAGAAUAAGUCCGGACUACCUCGUCUGAAGAGUGCAGUGAUUAUGUCCAUCUUGCUGGAGGAAGGAAGUGACAUCACGUCUAAACCCUUUAUCUGGCCCCCCACUGGAGGAGAGAGUAACCUAGGCCCCCCAGAAACCAGGAAGCUCCUCUGCUGAGCUAAUGGUCACAGGUUUAAUCAAAGGUCACAGGUUCAUCAGAGAUCACAGGGUUCAUCAUAGGUCACUGAGCCCUCUGCUAUGAAGGGACAACGGAACCUCUGUCAUCUGUUGUUAGUCACCCCAGAGAGAAGCCCUGCCACUACAAUGGUUCAGUAGGAUGCCACCAGAACAGUGUGAGUAUAAAAUGAGUAUAAAAGGCUCACAACAGUACCAGCCCAGGUAGUGUACCAUCAUUCCUCAUACUAUGCUAUGUUGAACAUGUGUGAUAGUUGUACAUACAGUAGAGCCUUAGUGAUCUGCUAUAAUCCUGCCUUGUAGCCACAAAGCAUUAUUAAGGGUUGUUCGACAAUAUUGGGAUCAUGGGAUCAAGUCCAGGGCAGUUGAUCAAUAUUUUCUUGCUUAUCUGACUGUCGCAGACAGUUUAUUGUGACGUUUCAGAUUAUUCACAUUUUAAUUUGCACAUUUGACUGUCUGUUCGCAAUCUGUUGAUGCUGACUGUAAACUCACUACUGCCCUCUAGAGGGACUAUGAAAAUCCAGAUAUGUUGUUGUACUUUGCUGAUUUUCCAAUGUGCAAUAGUGAAGCAAUAUUUCGGAUUAAUUGAUGAUUGUUACAAAUCUCUCCUGACUUUUUCACAGAGAUUAUAUUUUCUACAAAAAUAAUCCAACAUACAGAUGUGUGUAGACUAAUGGGUCUCACCAUGUAAAUAUGAAAUAAUGCAUUUAUAAAUUACGUUUACAAAUGAACCAAAGACAUUUUGGCAACCUACAUUUCUUGCACAUACACAGAGUGUAUAAAACAUUAUGAACACCUGCUCUUUCCAUUAGACUGACCAGGUGAAUUCACAAUUUCCAAAAAAUGUAAUAUAUUUUUUACUUUCUUAUAUAUAAAAAUGUAUUCCGCAGCUAUGGGCAAGACAAAAUAUUAAAGUGCCUUUGAACAGGGUAUGGUAGUAGAUUCUAGGCACACCAGUUUGAGUGUGUCAAGAUCUGCAACUCUGCUGGGAUUUUCACACUCAGCAGUUUCCUGUGAUCCAAGAAUGAUCCACCACCCAAAGGACAUCCAGCCAACUUGACACAACUGUGGGAAACAUUGGAGUCAACAUGGACCAGCACCCCUGUGGAAUGCUUUCAACACCUUGUAGAGUCCAUGCCCUAACUAAUUGAAGCUGUUCUGAGGGCAAAGGUGGUGCAACUCAAUAAUAGGAAAGUUUAGGACUGUCCGACAAGAAACUCAAUCUUGGUCGACUGAGUCCUUUUUUUCUUUUGACCAAUUAGACAAAAUGUUAAAACAUGUAUUUUUCCAUACAGACACACCCUGUGUGUUUUAAUAAAAUCAACUAUAUAUACUGA